UUGGSGCGCAACUAAUCAGCUUCAAAGUGAACUUUACUUCCUUAAAUCAAGAGUCGUGCGUUCAAUCAUCCCAAGGUAGCAAUCGAAGAUCUUUGUAAGGUGAUAUUYUGACCUUUACCAAGAAGUAUCGUUCUUGUAACCCACAUCUGUUUGAAUGGUCAAGAAAUACAUACUUUUARCUCAUUAUGCUGUAUUCUACGUGAUUCUCCUUCACGUAGCACCAAACAUUGUUUGUGAGUCCUUUCCUCGACCAAAUCUGUAUUAAUUUGAAGUCUUUCGUGAAGAACCAUGGGCUGUGGAAGUUCUAUGCAAKUUUAUCCAACCAACUGCCCUUUUGUUGAUAUACUGAAGCUGGUCAAAUCAGUUGAGCUAACGUACGAUCAAAAAUAUCUUGUAAGAGAAACAUGGAAAUGUCUGGAAGUUUCGAAGCGAGAGAUUGGGGUUUCGGUUUAUAAGCGUGGUCGACAUGGUCAUCCUAGGCGUCUUCUCAUGGCUAUCGACAACGCUGUUACAGCCAUGGGCGAUUCUGAAAGCUAUUCUGCCUAUUUGAUUGAGCUUGGAAGACGCUUUGAUGAUCUUCGAAAGUGCUUUCUGUCAGUCAUCAUGGAAAUCCUUGCCUCUGCGUCCUUUUGGAACAGCGAGGUCGAAAAGGCCUGGUGUUGCCUUUUUACUAGCAUAAGCACAAUGAUGCUAAAAGGUUUAGAAUUGUCAUGACAACAGGUGCUCAAAGCCAAAGUCUAAUUAAGGCAGAGUGAACAACUGCUGAACCACGUGUGUACAACAUGGAUGGGAGUCUUUCUCCAAUAUUUGUUAGGAGCAAAGUGUGUGAACUGAAAUGACAUCGCAGUAGCCCUUCCAUCACAUCAAUAUCAUCACA